AUGAGCCUGGAUUCUCUGCUGCCGAUUGCGCCCGCGAGGGUCAAGGCACUGGCGCUGCCUGUUGGGCCCAUCAAGAGCGAGAGGUUCGCCGGCUUCCUCGAGAGGCUGCGCGAGGAACACGUCGUCCACCUGCGCGAUGUCACCCCUGAUGGGCGGCCGAAUAGGAACAUGUUCUCGCCGCUGGCCUUCCCCGAUGGGGCCAUGUUCUAUGAUCUCAGCACCCAUGUGCCGCCACCCUCGCACCUUGCGCUGUCGCCUUUUGACCUCUAUCGAGAGCCACUCGCCAUCGUCGCCAUAGCCGACGGUGCAGAGCUGAACCGCGGCGUCUUCAGCAAGCGCCACUCGCCAAUAGCGCCGACGACGACGGAGCAGAACGUUCGUGCGUUGUACCAGGAGCUGGAAGAUCUCCGAGACGGCUUCGCCAAGGCGCUCGUCCACCACGUCCUGAUUUUCGACUUUGUCGCUCCCGCCGACAGCUCCAUGCCCAUUCCCGAGGGCAUCAUCACGAUUCCGCCGAUAGAGGCAUGCAAAAGGACAACACUGAAAACUCUUCCUCCGCGGAACGACAUGCAAAACGGCACGUCGUGGGGGUGGGUGAACGAGGCGGUCACGCACGCUCUCGAGCGCGCCUCGCAGCACGUCAUGCCGACGAGCUCCCGAUCCAACUCGACAAGCGGCCUUCCCGAUCGAAAUCUCGCGCGCAUGUCCAUGCCGCCCGUCUCCUCGAAGACGUCGUCAUCAUUACCAUCCAGCAGCGCCACGCCCGACCGCCCCUCGACACCCGCACGGAGCGGCCUCUCGAACCCUCCCACGACGUUUGACGAGAUAUCCGGUGGCGGCUUCAGCGACCCCUCGACACCAGAGCCGAAGUCGGUCACGCGCGCGGGGACCGACGAGCACAGCCGCGCGCAGAGCCAGGACCGGGUCUCCGUCCAGGGCUUCGGGCCGGGCGGCAUGAACGAGCGGUGGCGCAACAAGGGCCGCGGCAGGGUCCUCGUCAUCCUCGGUUCUCUGUACCUGCAGGCCGGCCGCUGGAGCGAUGCGCUGAAGGAGCUCUCCGAGGGCGCGACGGUGGCGAGGUCUAUCAACGACCACGUCUGGCACGGCAAGGCGCUCGAGCUCAUCGUCGUGAGCCUGCUGCUCCUGGGAUGGGCCCGCAUUGAGUUCCAGGUGCCGGCGGUCUGUCUGCCCCAGGACAAGGCGAGCACGGCGAGCCUGGCGGCCAACGACGCCGCCACGCCGGACGACCCCUUGCAGCCCAAAUAUCUGCGCAAGCUUCAGGUGGCGCUGCCGGAUCUGCUCGAGCGCAUCACCGGGCUGUAUUCGAGGAUAUCUGCCGAACACCUGCCGCCGCUCCCAGCAGCCGAGGUGACGAUUCGAUUUUGCAAGCUCCUGUCGGCUCUGCACUUUGCCGACGGCAAGCUUGGAGACCGGGCCUUUGCGAGCAUGGUCUACGGGAAGCUUCCGGAGAAGCCCCUGACGACGGCACCGCGUCUGACCAUCUCGCCGACCCGCCAGCAGAUCGUGAACCAGCUCUUCCGCGCCUUCCCCUCGUCGGCGUCCGAGCUCCUGACGGUGAUUGAUCGCGCCACGAUCCUCGCCGGCAUCGCCUCGGUCCUGGGACCUCUGGGCCACCAGCGAAAAAAGGCCAUGGUCCUUCGCGAGCUCGUGUCGGUGCUCAUCGGCGGUCUCGUCGAAGCCCGAACGCGCGGCGCCGCGGACGUGGGCAUCCAUCCGGCGGCCGGCCUCGUGGCUCUCAACGCAGCACACGGCCACAGCAACGGCGCCAUGGCGCUGGAGCUCGGCGAGGGUGAUGUCGAACAGGGCGUCGACGCCUUUCUCGGCAUGCUCUGCAGGUCGUAUGGCGUCGUGGGGUACGAGAUGCGCAAACCAUUGGCGGAGACGGCCCAGGAAGACCCCGCGCUCGCCCGGAUUCAGGGGCAGGCGGCGGCACGGUUCUUUGGGUUUCCCGGCAUCAAGCUGAACAUUCUCCGAGCCUGCAUCAAUUUUUCCGAGGCGCUUCCCGACUUCAACGGCGUGCUCAAGUACUCGAGCGAUCUGCUGCGGUCAGCAGGGUCCGGCGUGGCGCCCGGUCCCCGUCGCGAGGAUGCCUCGCCGUCGAUCUCCCGGGAGGAGCAGAUUCGGCUGGCCACCAACAUCGCCAAGACGUCAAAUCUGACGAGACGGCUGGGCCUGCAGCACCUCGCAGCGGAGUACUGGGACGAGUUCCUCGUUCGAGACGUGAGCCUGGACCUUCUGCCGAGCACGAGGAUUCCCGUGCCCCACGCGAAAAGCACGCUGCCCGGCGCGGCGCCGCGCGCACGUCGCAAGACGCAAACCCUACAUCAAAGCGGCAGGGCGCUGCGCCGGCUCGACAAGACGACGGAGCGCUUCAUCGCGCCGGGCGCCACGGCGACGUUUGCGUUUGAGAUUCUCGGCAAACCGGGCCUGACGAGCGCGGCGCUGCAGAUCGACUACGCGCACCUCGGCGUGCCCCCCGAGGCCAUCGUCGACAAGUUCCACACGCGGCGCGUCUCGCUGCAGCUGACGGUGACGGUCAACGCCAGCGUCGAGCUCGCGCGGCUCGAGGUGCUGCCGCUGCACGGACGCAUGCCGGCGGCGCUCUGGACGUCGCUGGGGGGGGCCGGCACGACGUUCGAGGACCGGGCCACCUCGUCGUCGGACGACGCGUACUGCCUGCUGACGAUGGAUCUGCGCAACGCCUGGCCGAGCCACGUCAAGGUGACGGUCGAAACGACGACAAGGGGGACGACGAGACGGACGGGGACGGCGGCACGACGGCGGUGGAGAGCACAUCCUGCCGGGCACACGGCACGCGUGGUGAUGGCGCCUGCGGCGCGUGUUCUUCGAGGACCCGCACGCGUCGAUCCCGGCGCUUCAACCCGUCGCGGCAGCGCAGUCGUCGUCAGCACGAGCAGAUCGCCGGACGUCGAGAGGGUCACGCGAGGCGUUCUGGUACGCGAGCGGAUGCUGCGCGGCUCGCGCGCGGUGGACGACGACGUCGGGCCGCGGCGCAGCGGGUCGACGACGUCGGCGUCGACAUAUCGGUGGGCGGCGGCGGCGCCGAUGGUGCGGUCGAGUCCGAGUCCGAGUCCGGCGACAAGAGCAGCAGCGGGCGGCGGCAGCCACGAGGUUGUCGUCGACGCCUUCUCGCAGCUGCGCGUGCGCGUGACGAACCGCACGGCGCAGGCCGUGUACCCGCUGCUGCGGCUCAUGCCGUCGCUGUGCCACCGGCCGCUCAACGUGGCGCUCGACUUUACGCGCAAGGUCAGCUGGAACGGCACGCUGCAGCAGGCGCUGCCGGUGCUGGGGCCGCGCGCGACGACCGAGGUGGUGCUCGGGUUCACGGCGCUGUGCCGCGGCGCGUUUGAGGUGACGGCGUCGGUCGAGGAGUACCAGGUGUGGGCGGCGCCGGUGAAAGAGGCCGGCGAGACGACGGGGGCGACGGAGAGGGCGCGGCGGCCGCGGUCGGACACGCAAGCCAUGCUCGACGCGGCGCUCGGCGUCCAGGAGCGGCGCAUCUGGCACUCGCGGCAGCCGUGCGUUGUCGUGGCGAGGGAUGCGCCGGGAGUAGCAGAGCGUGCGAUGGCAUGGUAG